UUAUAGAACCAUAAAUAUGUUAAAACUUUAAGACGAAUUUACAACAAUGUUACUAUGUGUGAACUGGGAGUGAGAUAGAUUUUCACUAGAUUAUAUAGAUAAAUUUGUAUUUCUUUCGUGCCGAGCAAGCGUUCUUCCGGUUGGGGCUACUGAGUUGGGCUGUUGUCGGUAACCAACAACAAUGAAAUUCAAUAAACUUGUUUCUUCUUCGCGCCGAAAAAACCGAAAGAGGCAUUUCACGGCACCUUCUCACGUUCGGAGGAGACUUAUGUCAGCUCCUCUUUCCAAAGAACUUCGGCAAAAAUAUAACGUUCGUUCUAUGCCAAUUCGUAAAGAUGAUGAAGUUCAGGUUGUUCGUGGGCAUUAUAAAGGCCAACAAGUUGGAAAAGUUGUUCAAGUGUACAGGAAAAAGUUUGUUAUAUACAUAGAAAGAAUUCAACGUGAAAAAGCUAACACUGCUAAUGUAUAUGUUGGUAUCGACCCAUCCAAGACAGUGAUUGUAAAAUUAAAGAUGGACAAGGAUCGUAAGAAGAUUAUUGACAGGAGGAGUAAAGGUAGGCUUGCAGCAUUAGGCAAGGAUAAAGGAAAAUAUACCGAAGACUCAACUGCAGCCAUGGAAACUUCAUAAAUUUAAGUCAGUUUCAUUUAUAAAGUUAAAUAAAAACAUUAAUAUUAGAA